AUGGGGCGUGCAAAACUGAACUUAGAACUAAUCCCAAAAGAGAAAGCGAGAAACUUGACGUUCAAGAAAAGGAAGGAAGGGAUUAUGAAGAAAAUGCGAGAGUUCACUACGCUGUGCGACGUGAAUGCGUGCAUGAUCAUAUACGGGCCCAACAGCCAGUCAUCGGAGCCGGCGAUUUGGCCGAACGAUCGAUCGGAGGUGGAGCGCAUGAUCGAGCUGUACAAGGAGAAGGUUGCGGACAACGCGACGCGGUCCUACGGGAUCUCCAAUUUCUUCAUGGAUCGGAAGAAGAAGUUGGAGGAGGAAGUGAGGAAGCUGAAGCAGAAAAACUUGGAGGCCAAGUAUCCGACCAGUCUGGAGUUCAUGGAUCGUUUGUCCAAGGCGGAAUUGGAGAAUUUUGUUAGGUUUUUGAACGGGAAGCUUGAGGCUUCGGCGUCUAGGUUGGAGAUGAUGAACGAGAUUAGCAAUGAUAUUAAUGGAGAAUUGCAGCAACAAUCUCAAGCGAUGCAGAUCUUCCAAGGCUAUAAUAACAAUCAGGACUACAUUAAUUCCGUGAUUGAUCCAAUGCAGAUGGAUAAUUUGGGGUACGUGAAUCCGCUGCAGCAGCAAGUUGUGUACAAUAGCCCUAAUUUGAUUCUCGAUGAUGAUCAGGAGAAGAAUUACGGGCUAUUGGGCUACGCAAACCCUAAUCCGACCCCGGGGAGGAUGAUUCCGAUGAUGAAGGAAGCAGAAUACAUGCAUUUCGCCGGCGGAGCCUCCUCCUCCAGCAGCGGCGGCGCCGGCGGCUAUAUUAUCUAUAACAACGACACUUUCCAGGCCGGAUUCAGGCAGCAGCAGCAGCAAAUCAAUUUCUACGAACCGGUUGGUGGCGGAAUGAGCAGUAACGUUAUGCAGGCGCAAUACUCCAUGGAUCGCACUACAAUGCAGCUCGCAAUGGCGCCGCCGCCGCCGUAUAUGGGCGGCGAUUUGCCCCCACUUCCGCCGUGUUACCUGGAGAUGAACGAGGUGAAAUGCACUCUCCCGGGUCUACCCGGCGGCGGUGUUAAUUUCCCGCCACAAAUAAUAUCUCCACCUUCUUAUAAUUACUACUUGGAGGAUAAGGAGACCAACACUAAUAACGCAUCCACGCUACUUCCGCCGCCUCCGGCGGCGGCCGGCAGUGGCCUGCCCCAAUUGCCGCCGCCGUAUUGUAUGGAGGAGAAGGAGGCGGCGGCGGCCGGCAGUAGUAGUAUUAACCAAUAUCAACUCACAAAUCAGAUAACAAGGUUCAGCUAG